AUGCAGGGCUCACAGGGUGCAAAUUCGUCUUCUCAACUCGAGGUCGAAAUUAGUGGCGCUUCGCGUCGUCCAGCUAAGCACGUAAGCUUCCAGGCGCCCGAAGACCCGUACAUCAUUGAGCAUGACGUGGCCCAGCCUCCAGAUGACGUGGCGAAUCCUCUUCCCGAGGUUCCGGGGCAAGAGCUCCCUCUCCCGGGAUUUGUCGAUUACGAAUCGGAAUCAUCUUUCGGACGCGAAACGUCAGCCGCCGAUUUGGAAACGGGCUUCCGCGUGCGACAAUUGGAUUUCGACGCGACGCGCGAGACGCACUACGUGAUCGUGGUGCACGGAACCUUCGACGCGCCACCGUCCGACGGAACGCGCACGUGGUAUCAACCCGCGGAUCCCGGCGAGCAAAACUUUUGCUCCAAAAUUGGCGCUCUUCUGGCGCGAGGGCCGUUAAGAGCAGACAGCGUGUGGCGGGAGUUUCCGAUCGGCAGCUUCGCGGCCGGCAAAGCUGCUCGCGGCCGGCAAGGCGCUGCGCCGUACCCUUUCCACUGGGACGGCACGAACACGCACAAGGGGAGGGUGGAAGCUGCCGAGAAGCUCUCUGUGCUUAUAACGGAUAUUGCCCACAGUGACCCUGCAGCGAGGAUACACAUCAUCGCUCACUCCCAUGGGGGAAACGUGCUGCUCAAAGCGGCAGAGGUGCACGCACAAGCAGAAGAGCCAGGAGCGCUACCCCUGGGGGCGCUACCGCUGGAUCGACUCGCUCCUCGGCCUCCCCUUAAGCACACGCACAAGCAGAAGAGCCAGGAGCGCUAUCCCUGGGGGCGCUACCGCUGGAUCGACUCGCUCCUCGGCCUCCCAGCCACCCGGCAGCGCCUCUUCCUCUCCCACCGCCUCGCCACCUCCCCCCUCUCCAACGCCCUGGGCUCUCUCGUGUUCCUGGGAACGCCGUUCUAUGUGAAGAAAUGGGACCGCGCAGGGGUGUUCCGGCUGGUGGUGGCGACGGUGGUGUCUGGUGCAGUGGUGUUUGGAGUGGUGCUGGGGUAUGUGGUGCUCUGGGAAGUGGUGGUGAUGGAGGCGGCGCAUUUGGAGGUGAACCGGCUGAUGCUGUGGCCUCUGGUGGUGGUGGCGAUUGUGGGGCUGUUUGGGGCCGUCAGUAUCGCCGUGCAAGCUUAUUUAUCUUUCGAGUCGUGGCACCAACCGGCCUACUACAACGGCAACAUCUACCACGCGCCCGGUUACCACUGGUCGCCUGCCAUGUCAGCACUCGUGAUCCACGCUGGCAAGCUGGAUGAAGCCAGCCUGGCACUUUCCGUCGAGCCAAUUGCGCGCGCCUACAUCUUUCCCCAACUGAGGGAGUUAAUCAAACUCUCCUUCUGGUUCCCCCUUCCUCCCCUCCCCACCUCCGCCUCCUCCUCCUCUCCCUCCUCUUCCUCGUCUUCCGCGUUCCUUUCCUCCUCCUCUCACUCUCGUCCUCACAACACCCAAGCACGCCCCUUCCUCCUCUGGUUCCUAUACUUCAUCAAUCUCAUUAGAGUGCUUCUCUGGAACAUCAUUUUCCUCGUGCCCUUCGCCCUCCUCUCCCUCAUUUCCCACAUACUGGCACCGGCGUUAGUCGAGACAGUACGGAGCGUGAUAGUAACAAUCGCAUUCGGUCUUUCCCCCAACGAGCUAAGCUUCGCAAGUGUGUAUGUAGAUGAAGUGUUAGAUCUCCACCUGUGGUCACACCGCGUGGAGCACUGGAACGUUCAGAAGCUUCUGGCUGAGGCCAAGACACAGUCUUUGCAGGGGAAGCUGUUACCCGGUUACCACGACGAUACUGUAGAUGCGGGUGGGGGUGACAGUGAAGGGGGUGAGUACAUGGAGGGGCUGGGUCUGGGUGGGGAGGGGGGUGAGGCGGGUUGGCUUGAGGAACAAUUGUUAUUGUCACGGGGAAGGGAAGUGGGGAGGAAUGGGGAGAGAGAGAAGGGGAGGCAGGAGGGGAGGGAGGGGAGAGAGGGGGAAGGUGAUGGGAUGGAAAUAGAAGCAGCGGCAGGAGCAGCAGGAGCAGGAGAAACAGCAGGAGCAGGAGCAGGAGCAAAAACAGGAGCAGGAGCAGGAGCAGGAGCAACAACAGGAGCAGGAGCAGGAGCAGGAGCAAGAGCAGAAGGAGCAGGAGCAGGAGCAGGAAAAACAGCAGGAGCAGGAGCAGGAGCAAAAACAGGAGCAGGAGCAGGCGCAGGAGCAACAACAGGAGCAGGAGCAGGAGCAGGAGCAAGAGCAGAAGGAGCAGGAGCAGGAGCAGGAGCAGGAGCAGGAGCAGAAGUAGCAGCAACAGCAACAGCAGCAGCAGGAGGAGCAGAAGCAGAGGCAGAAGCAGCAGGAGCAGCAGCAGCAACAGCAGCAGCAGAAGCAGGAGGAGCAGAGGCAGAAGCAGCAUCAAAGCCUCCCACACACCUCCCUAGAAAGUUUCCCUCAACACCACACACCAUCGCAUAUCACACCUCUGCUUUGCGACCCAAACAUCCCUAUCACCCCAGUCCCACCCCUCGAAAUAAUCACCUGCCUGUAACACUCCUAGAGCAUCACGUGCCUUCCUUCCCGUCACCGCAUCAGCACAUGGUGGUAACCCCGUUACAGCACCAGCACAUGGUGGUAACCCCGUUACACCACCAGCACAUGGUGGCUAAGGAUGCUACUGAGGAGGCUACUAUAGGGGAUGGACGAGGAGCCUUAGGGCAUGAGAGCGAGAGGGGGGAUGGUGGUGUGGGUGAGAUGGUGGGAGGUGGAGAAGGGAAGGGGGUUGAGGUGGGGGGUGCAAGGGGCAUAAGGACGGUAAGGGGUGUUGGGGCGGCAAAGUGGAAGGGAGUGGGAGGCUGCAUAGAGGCGCCUGUUUGUGAUGAUUCUGUGGGGGCGGUGGGGGCAGUGGGUGGGUUCGACGGUGGUUCGGUGGGUGCUUCGGCGGGUGGUUUGACGGGUGGUUCGGCGGGUGCAAAGUGGAAAAGAGUGGGAGGCUGCAUAGAGGCGCCUGUAUGUGAUGAUUCUGUGGGGGGGAUCGUUGGUUCGGUGGGCGGUUCGGUGGGUACUUCGGCGGGUGCUUCGGCGGGUGACAUAGGUGCUUCGUCGCUUGCAGUUUCAUCUGCGGUUGAAGCGGACGAGGCGGAGGUGGAUUUUCUCCUGGAGGAGCAGGAGGACAAGGAGGGCUGCGGCGAUCAAGCAGCUAUCAAGCAGCUGUGUGUGAUGAUCGAGGAGCAUAUUGGCGAGCUGACUGGUCGCUUUGACCUCAACCAUGGCGCAUACUUCCGAGACCCGCGCAUCCUCGCUGUCAUCGCACAUUUCCUGCAGCAUCGGGCUCUCCCUGAUUGGUCCUGGUCCCUUGAUGCGGAUUUACUGCGUGUUCAGUCGUUGACUGAGCUUGCGCAAACAGCUUCAGGGCAAGGAACGGGCGGGAGAAGUGGUGGGGAAGGGGAGGGUUCGGGGGGUCUGGGUUGUGAGUCAGGUGCGACUGGUAUGGCAGGUGUGGCAGGAGUGGCAGGCAUAGGGGAUGCAGCAGAAGGGGAGUUGGAGGAGUUACCAAAUCUGGAACAAUCAAAGCUGGGGAUAUCAAGCUCUGGGGAUGGUGCGAGCAAUAGUCGAACCCCCAGUAUGGUGGGGUUCCGAGGGAAGAGGAGCAAGAGUGAGAAGAAAAGGAGCAAGAGAGAGGGGAAUAGGUCCUGGUCCGGUCAGCUUUGGCUGACGCGCGGUUUUUCCGGGCAGCUUUCCUCAAGCCAAGCUUCUUAG